AUCAGAGGGCUUUGACUUAGUGAAUUGUACCGCCUAUAAAAGGGGUGGCACCCCUCAUUGUAAUGGAUCCCCAGUUUGAAAUCAAUAUACUCCUACUUUGCAUUCUCUCUCUCUCUAAAACUUCUAUUAUUUCAUACUCUCGGUGGUUUAUAGCCAUCAAAUUGGUGCUUUCAUUGAGAGCAGAGGAACAUACUCGUAGGUUAACUCCCGAACGCGAGAAUGGUGCAAACAAGGAGCAACGUCCCCACCACCAGCCACGUCGUUGGCGAGGAGAACGCGUCGGGCAGCGGCAAUGGUACGGGCGGCAUCGGUUCGACUCUAGACGCGGUCCAGGCGCUGUUCGGCUUGGGGGUGACCGCGGAGCAGCUCCAGGCAGCCGUUGCGGCACUUUCCGCCAUGGGUGGGAACGUGCCCGGCGCCGGAGUUGGCAAAGCUCCGCCCAAUCUCCAUGCCGAACACGCUGCCACUUCCCAACACAAGGGGAAGAAAACCCGGAGGAGUAUAAGGAGGCCCGGCAAGGCCCCGGCAAUUGAGGAGGUGAUUGUGGAGGACGUCCCGGAUGAGGAGGACGAUGAGUCCAGCGAGUGCCGAGUGUCAGCCUUCAGGCGCUUAGGAGGGGAAGAGACCCGGGUGUCGGCCUUCGACAGGCUCGACCGCGGACCGGAAGUUCGCCCGGGCGACCUCCGCCGACAAAUAGCCGAAGGCAGGCGGAGGCAUGCUGAGGAGUCCGCAACACCGGAUGCUCGCUCGGCGAGGUCCGAGCGGAGCGGAGAGAGGCGGGAGGAGCGCACCCAGCGUCGCCAUAGCCCGACGAGAACUGAGAAGACAAAGGUCUCUGACCAAGGAGUGUCUCGGCUCGCACGUGAGGUUGCCGGGCUUAAGCGCCGAGUGGAGACCAGGGCUCCCUACAGCCAGCCCAUCUUGCGGACGAUAACCCCGUUCACUCCGAGGGUUAUGUCGGUCCCGCUGCCGGCAAACUUCCGGCCGUGGCAGAUCAAGGCCUACAACGGAACGACGGACCCCCAAGAUCAUUUGUCUAAGUUCUAUGCUUCUAUGGAAGCGGCGGCUGCCCCGGACGAGGUCAAGUGUCGAUGCUUUCUCGCGACGCUGGAGGGCUCCGCGUGCGAUUGGUUCAACCGGCUCCCGAAGGGAACUAUUGACGAUUGGGAUACACUGGCGGAGAGGUUCUUGACGCAUUUCGCGGCAAACCGAAGGCAGAGGCUCCCUUACUCCCACCUGCUCAACAUAUGCAUCCGCAAGGGAGAGAAGGUCCGCGACUUCAUAGUCCGGUGGGAAAAGGAAGCCAGAGACGUGCAUGGGGCGGAUGACCAAGCGUUGGUGGCCAUGUUCCAAGCAGCCCUUCCCCGCGGAGAAGUGAGGAAGGAGCUCCGCAAGAAUCCUCCCCCCACGUACCAAGAGACCUUGGCGCGCGCUAAUGUGGAGCAGAUCCCUCGGGCGGAGAAUGCCGAGGCGGAUAUCUUGUCGAAGCUGAGCUCGGACACGCCCGAGCACAUCAAGCGGAUGGCGAACGUGGAAGAGUUGUCCGAGCCGAGCAUCCAUGCCUUCCCCGUGGCGAUGAUCUGUGCUCGGCCAAGAGAUUGGAUGGACGACAUAGUUGCUUUCUUGAAGGAUGGCGCCCUCCCGAACGAUGCAAUAAAGGCCUAGUUGGUCCGGACAAGGGCACCUGGGUA